UUAAGCAAACUUUUUUUUUAUAUUGAGCUUAUUUCCAAGGGUGUGGUAACUAAAGUGUUUAGAUUAUGAACUGAAAGGGUCUUAGAUUCAAAUCUUGAUGAAGACUUAGAUUUUGAAUUUUGGGAAUCCACACAGCUCUGAUGGGUACCUGACAUUAGUUUGGGAAAGUACAGGUAGUUGGAUAUUGUGCUAGCCACGAUACCCUUAUUAACCAGUGGCCAAAGAAACAGAUGAGUUUGAGUUUUUGAGUUUAGGCACAUCUGCACAAUUUAGGCCAUGUCGUGCCCAUAAUCCUUUAAGGAUCGCUCUCCCUUUACAUAAUCUGCCCUAUGUAAUCCCAAGAUCUAAAUGGUGUAUUUUUUGUUAAUUUCUAUAUGUCACAGAUUACAUUAUAGAAUUGUUUGUACAUUUCACUUUUGAAAGUAAUAUAAGCCCUCGACAUGAGUCUCGGGAUUUAAUCCUCAAAUUUAGACACUUGACAUCCAAGUCAGGAUUUACCCAAGGGGCGUAAUUAGUAUGUUUGAAAUCUAUUGGUUGAUUUGAAUUUAAACAAAGACAUUUUUGAAAGGAGUUAGCGCCAGAGAAUUGGCGGUAGUAAAAGUUAGUCGAUAAAAUAAUGGCCUGGUAGCUAGUCACGUUUCUAAGAGCUCUGAUCUAAAGCCUUUGUAAUAUGUUCCAUAUUCAUUGAUUUGUAAUUUGUACAUAAACUGUACUUACGUUGUAUUUAAUAAAGUUCCAGAGUUUUGUUUUAUCAAAGAAUCGUCGAUUGUCAUUCUAGAUCGUCAUUUUUGUUAACUAUUGAAUUCAAGUAAAAUCCCCGGCAUAACAACACAUCAUAACAUCGUGCAUGUUGUUACAUCUGGCACAAGUGUUGUUACAUAUGGCACUCUCCGACGAAUAAAAGUUCAUGGACAACUUUUAACGAAAUUUAUUCAAGAUUUAGGACCAAUUUCUAAACUCUUCAAAGGAACUUCAUUCUUAUUUAACGGAGGACAGAAUUUCUGUGUUUAACAGGUCAGUUGGUUAUCGAUAAUUCUUUUAUAAAGAUUUUCGUUAGAGUUAUGUCUAACUCACGAAAUCUAUUAUUAUAUGUAAUUGGCAAAAGGAGUAAGACCAAUAUACAUAAUAACUGGCAAUAAAAAAGACCAGUAAAGCAAAUAACUGGCAAUAUAAAAGACCAGUAAAGCAAAUAACUGGCAUUAUAAAGAAGACCAGUAAAGCAAAUAACUGGCAUUAUAAAGAAGACCAGUAAAUAAUCAUUUGUGCAGCACAAAGUAAACAGAAGACCAGAUUUAACCAACUGUUAAACCAGUAAAAAGUACAUCGGCUCAAUAGAUCUAUAUAUUCAAUCAUACGACUCCAGUAACUACAAGUCUACUGUCAAGAAUUUAUUAGCAAAUUGAGGCUUCAAGAACUUUUUCAUUAUAUUAUUAUUAUAUCUGAGAUAAAGCCAAAAUCCAGAUAUUGAACAUUUUGCUCCAAUACAAGAAACUAACAAAAAAAUUAAAUAUGGCUUCCAGUGCUAGAACACAACGAUUCUUCGAAUUAAUAGAAUUAGCCAAAGAAAAGCAUAUCCCAAAACCAGACCAGUGGCAGUGGGCAGAGAAACAAGAAGAAAAAGAAUACCAAGAGCAAGAAUCUGAAAAACGCAUGCAAUUAGAAGAAAAAAAAUUGCAAGACGCCGAAAAACAAAGGCAAGAAUCUGAAAAACGCAUGCAAUUAGAAGAGAAAAAAUUGCAAGACGCCGAAAAGCAAAGACAACAUGAAAAAGAAAAAAUGGAAUUCGAAAGGCAAAAUAAAGAAAGCAUUCCAAUUCAAGGUCACUCAAGUAUGUUUGACAAAUACAGAUUAAUGAACAAAAUAUCGGCUUUCAACGAAAACAUUGACAAUAUGGAUUCGUAUCUCAUAAGAUUUGAAGAAAUAGCUACAACAUCCGGUCUACCUGAAGCACAUUGGUCGAGCUCACUCCUUACCCUCUUGACUGGCAAAGCUGUCAACAUUUGCUCACAACUGUCCAUCAAUGAACGCAGCACUUACUCUGAUAUCAAGGAAGCUCUACUGCGCCAAUACGGAGCAACUUCAGCCAACUAUAGAAAGAAAUUCUAUAAUGAAAGGCCACAGCAAAAUGAUGAUCCUCAAAUUUUUGUAGCUAAUAUGUCAAUGUGGUUUGAUAGAUGGGUAUCCAUGGCCAAAAUAGAAGAAAGUUACCAAGCUCUUCGUCAGCAUAUUAUUAUCGACAACAUCACCCACGCUCACUCAGAAGAUAUUCAAUCCUACAUUAUAGAGAGAAAUCCUACUGAUAUCCAGUCAUUAACCAAGAUCAUCAGACAAUAUAGAGCAGCCUAUCCAAACAAGUCAGUCAAACCAUCUGUUGAAGAAAAUUUUGUCUGCUUUGCUCAAGACAAAAAUGCAAGAUAUAAGUCAGAUGACAAAGUCAAAUGCAACAAAUGUCAUAAACUAGGGCAUUUCACGUCUCAAUGCCGCAGCAGAACCACAGAAUGUUCAUAUUGCCAUAAAAAGGGUCACCAAACUCAUGAAUGUUGGAAAAAACAGGCAGUCUCCAAAAAUCAAAAUUUUGAUAGACCCACAUCACCAACUCAAAGAUACAGCAAUAGAGAGCAAUACAAUCUCAACAAAACACCUGGAAAUAAUAAACCAGAUAACAAACCUCGCUACAGAAGUCAUUCACAGGACUCCAGACCACAAUAUAUGCCAAACAGAAGCUCAUAUAACAGAAGCUAUUACAAUGAGCACUCAACUAUGACAGUCAUUGCAAAGUCCAAUGGUCUCAAAUUUUAUCCAGGCUUUGUAGGAGACAAGAAGGUGGAAGUUCUUCGUGACACCGGAAGCACGUCCACAUUAGUACAUGAACGCUUCGUACACGCAAACCGUUUCACAGGCAACCACGUCCAAGUCACUGCAUUCAACGGAACUGUCAGCAAGUUACCUGAAGCCAUCAUUUAUGUUACUACACCAUUCUUCAGUGGUCAAACAAAAGCAUUAGUAACACCCAAUCUACCAGUGGACCUAAUCAUUGGAAACAUAGAAGGAGUUAAAGAAUGCACUCCUCAAGAACUUGCUGAAUGUACAAAUGCCAUACAGCAAGGUCAAAAAUGUUUGGCAGUAAUGACAAGAUCCAUGUCCAGACAAGAACAUUUGGCACCUGAACAAGUUAGCCAAAAUAAUCACAUGGCUACCUCAGUUACUCAAGUUAUGCAGAAUGCAACACAACCAGUUACUAGUCCAGUAGCCAGCAAUAAUCAAGAACAUUCAACAUGGACACCCCCAGUUACAUCAAGCCCAUCCCUACCGGUCAUAAGUCCACCUCCAAUUCCCGAAUGUCCAUUGUUGAACUUUGAAGAACAAGACGACAUGCCCAGAGUCUCUAACAAUGAUACAAGAACUCUAACUGGCCAAACUGAAGUCAAUCAAGACAAGUCUCAUGAACCAGAAGCAGAUACUUAUAUUCAAUCAACUUUGGCUAUACCAGACAAAAGAAAAACUAUGCAACUUGACUCUAACACUCAUACAAGUAUUCCUCAUUUGAAAGAAUGUGAGUCAACUCAAGAAGCCAUUACAACCAUGAACAUUGGAAGUCAAAGAAUAUUACAUGAACACAUGAAAUCAAGAUAUUUUGCUCAAGGAGAUCAAGUCAAUUUACUGUUACCAGAUUGGAGUAACAAGCUGUUCUACAAAUGGCAAGGUCCAUUUACCAUCACCAGAAAGAUUUCCAACCUGCUUUAUGAAAUCAAUGUCAACAAGUUUACCAGAGUAUUUCAUGUUCAUAUGUUUGAACAUUACCAUGAAACAGAUAAUGAAGACAUCAAAGCAGAAGUUGAACAUUUUACAAGCUUAGCAACUAUUCCUGAGGAAGAAGAAACAUCAUCAACACCCAUUCCUGAGAUAGAUGUUUCAUUACCGACAUCAAAUUACAUUGACAUUCCCAAGGUCAUCACUCUGGAUGACAUAGCACUACAGAAAGUGAAGGACACUAAAGUGUUUCCAGACCAUGCAGAUUUCUUUACCGGUGUUUCUGAAACAUUCCCAGUACUGCAAUUUGAAAACAACUCAGAGAGCAACAACAUUGACAACACCAAGUUUCAUCCUCCUUCUACUCAAGGGGCAACUUUUCUUCAGAAAGGAACAAAUGAACUUCUUCAACAUUACUGUAUUGACCGAUUGAACUCAGACAUGUUCAGUCAUUGCUCUAUUGAACAUUCUAAUGCAAAGCAUUCUGCUACCAUUGUUCUACAGCGUCAAAGUUCAUCAACCAGAAAAUUGAGUUUUGGUUUCGGACAGUUCUUAUUUUCACCAAACUCAAACGCGGUUCAAUCAGACAUUAUCUGUGAGUUCAAUAUGACAUGGAGACAACAGCUUCAUAAACUGAAAGACAUUUUCUUCAAGUUUAGAAAACGCGUACACACAUCCAUGACGGCAACUCAGAAGGGUUAUGAACUUCACACUUACAUUUUAUAUAUGUACUAUACCAUAUUUAGUGUCACUUGAUCCAUUAUCAUUCAUACUCGUCAAGGAAGAACAUUAUCCAGUUAUAUUUAAUUAAUAAAUUAAUUUGUUUACUCACUUUUUCCACAGGAGUUCUAUAUCAGAUAUUGUAUUGAUUUCAGCACCAAGCAACCCACUGAGGAAGGUCACUCAUUCAAGAUACUUUUUUAAUUAUGUUUCAGCAUCUUUGCAUAUGACAUGCAUCAGACAUUUUAAUUUUUAAAUCAUGAGUAUUUUAUUUCAGGUAUAUUAUUAUUGCAUAUAUCCUAUUAUGAUAGUACAGAUACAUGACAGACAAUUGGAAUUUUUCAUUGCUUCACACAUGUUGAGAUUUAUAUCACAUUGAGUAUUAUUAUUCAGAAGAUUGUCAUGUACUAUCACAAUUAUUUUUUCUAUGUCAAUUUUUCAUAUGCAAUAUAUUUUUUUCCAUGUACACAAUUUCACAAAUGAGUUAUAAUGUCAUAUUUUAAUUUCAUCAUGAAGCUUCAUAACUUAUUCAAUUCAAGAUUUAUGCUUUGUACAACUUUUGAUAUUGUUCAUGACAAGCAUUGUCUCAUUUUCAUAACCACUUGAAUAGUGAGACAGGUAUUCAAAGUCAUCAAUAAUUGUAUUCACUGCAUUUACAUUUUUUAUUAUUGUUGUUAUCUCCAAGUUGACUUUAUUUUGUCAUAUGUUACCUCAACCAUUUUUCUAUAGUUUCAUGUAUGGUAUUUUAUGUAUACAUAUGAGCAUUUCUAUUACCAUACAAAUGCUAAAUGGAGAGGGGGGUAAUAUGUCACAGAUUACAUUAUAGAAUUGUUUGUACAUUUCACUUUUGAAAGUAAUAUAAGCCCUCGACAUGAGUCUCGGGAUUUAAUCCUCAAAUUUAGACACUUGACAUCCAAGUCAGGAUUUACCCAAGGGGCGUAAUUAGUAUGUUUGAAAUCUAUUGGUUGAUUUGAAUUUAAACAAAGACAUUUUUGAAAGGAGUUAGCGCCAGAGAAUUGGCGGUAGUAAAAGUUAGUCGAUAAAAUAAUGGCCUGGUAGCUAGUCACGUUUCUAAGAGCUCUGAUCUAAAGCCUUUGUAAUAUGUUCCAUAUUCAUUGAUUUGUAAUUUGUACAUAAACUGUACUUACGUUGUAUUUAAUAAAGUUCCAGAGUUUUGUUUUAUCAAAGAAUCGUCGAUUGUCAUUCUAGAUCGUCAUUUUUGUUAACUAUUGAAUUCAAGUAAAAUCCCCGGCAUAACAACACAUCAUAACAUCGUGCAUGUUGUUACAUCUGGCACAAGUGUUGU